UCAUAUUUGGGGUUUAGGGUGAAGAACUGAAAUACAUCAAAGUUGAGGUUAAAGUAGAAGAAGAGUCGGUAGAUCAGCAGUCUAUGGUAGAGGGGGAUCCUUUUUAUUCCCAGGAUUCCACACAGGAGGAUCACACCAUCCCUCACCAUCAUCAGGGUGAGAGAUUUCCCCGUCCCCUGUGUUCCUGGGAUUCCACACAGGAGGAUCACACCAUCCCUCACCAUUAUCAGGGUGAAGAAUGGAUUAAUAUAAAAGCUGAGGUUGAAGAAGAAGAAGAAGAAGAAGUAGUAGAGACGUAUGUGUGGGGUGAUCAGCCGUUCACGGAGGAGGUUGGGAUGAUUAUGAAAAGUGAACAGGUGGACAUUUCUCUACAUUGUGACACAGAUGGAUGUGAUGUGAGGAAUUCCUCGGAGAGACAUCUUCUAUUAUCUGCUGAUUGCAAGUCAGAAGAUAAUGUCAUCACACAGGAUCCUCCAGGAGGAAAUCCAAAUACACAAAAUAUACAUCACAGACCUUCCUGUCCGGAGACAUCAAUGGAUCCCUCUGAUCAGGGGGAAUCUUCUCAUCAAUCACAUACCAUGAUUGCAAAUGUCCAUGUAAGAUCUCACACUGCAGAUAGAUCAACAGAUCCUUCUAAUCCCGAGGAAUCUUCCUCACCCCACGAAGGAGAUCACCAAGGUGACAAUCUAUUCUCAUGUUCAGAGUGCGGGAAGCGUUCCAUUUAUAAAGGAGAUCUUGUUAAACACCAGAAAUUUCACAUGGGUGAGCAUCCCUAUUCAUGUUCAGAGUGUUGGGAAUCUUUCCAUAAGAAACACAAUCUUGGUAAACGCCAAAAAAAUCAGAAGGGUGAGCGGCUCUAUUCAUGUUCAGUGUGCGGGAAAUGUUUCACUCACAGAGGAGACCUUAUUGAACAUCAGAGACUUCACACCGGCGAGAGUCCUUAUUCAUGUUCAGAGUGCGGAAAAUCAUUCUCUCGCAAAGGAAAACUUGUGACACACCAAAGAUUUCACACGGGUGAACGUCCCUAUUCAUGUUCAGAGUGCGGGACAUCUUUCACUCAAAAAGGAAACCUUCUUAGACACCAGAGAAUUCACACAGGUGAACGUCCAUUUUCAUGUUCAGAGUGCGGAAAAUCUUUCAUUAAGAAAGAUCAUCUUGAAACACAUCAGAGAAUUCACACGGGUGAGCGUCCCUAUCCAUGUUCAGAGUGCAGUAAAUCUUUCACUCAUAAAGGAGACCUUGUUAGACACCAGAGAACUCACACGGGUGAGCGUCCAUAUUUAUGUUCAGCGUGUGGGAAUUGUUUCACUCAGAAAGCAGGUCUUGUUGUACAUCAGAGAAUUCAUAUGAAUGAGUGGCCUUAUUCAUGUUCAGAGUGUGGGAAAUCUUAUAUUCAGAAAGCAAGCCUUCUUGCACACCUAAAAAUUCACAUGGGUGAUCGUCCUAAUUCAUGUUCAGAAUGAAGGUAGUCUUUCCAUAGGAAAGAAAGAAACUUGUUAAAUACCAGAAAAUACAGUAUAGUGUGGAUGGAGGGGGGAGCUAUCACAGAAUGUAGUGUGGAUGGUGGAGGAGAGCUGUCGGAGAAUGUAGUGUGGA